CGCAGCCCCAGGAGCCCCGUUGAAGCCUGCGCGGCGACCCGCGCACCCGCGACAUGGGCCUGCACCUCGGUGGCCUGAGUGUGGGUGACUUCCGGAAGGUGCUCAUGAAGACGGGCCUGGUGCUGGUGGUGCUGGGCCACGUGAGCUUCAUCACAGCCGCACUCCUCCACGGCACGGUGCUGCGCUACGUGGUCACCCCCCACGACGCCGUGGCUCUGCAGUACUGCGUGGUCAACAUCCUCUCGGUCACUUGCGCCAUCGUGGUCAUCACCGCAGGCAUUGCAGCCAUUGUGUUGUCACGGUACCUCCCCAACAACCCUCUGCGCUGGAUGGUGUUUAGCUCGAGCCUGGCCUGUGCUCUUCUCUCUCUGACCUGUGCCCUUGGCCUCUUGGCCUCCAUCGCCGUGACCUUUGCCACCCAGGGCCGGGCACUGCUGGCUGCCUGCACUUUUGGGAACCCUGAACUCCUGGCGCUGGCACCCGACUGUCCCUUUGACCCCACACGCAUUUACAGCUCCAGCCUGUGUCUCUGGGCCAUCGCGCUCAUGCUGUGCCUGACCGAGAGCGUGUUUGCUGUGCGCUGCGCCCAGCUCACCCACCAGCUGCUGGAACUGAGGCCCUGGUGGGGGAGAAGCAGCCACUACACGAUGCAGGAGAGCCCAGAGCCCACCGAGGGCAAUGACCUGCUGAGCUGCACCAGCUCCGUGCCGCUGACCCUCUGAGAGCGGAGGCCUCGCCUGGGCCCCGUGCCUGCAACUGAGUCCACACCGGGACCAGGCCAGGAUCCCUGGAGCCGGCCCAGGAGGGCUCAGUGGACCCUCGGGGACCGGGGUGGGGCUUUCUCCUGGCCACCCUGCCCAUUGCACUGAAACGAGACUUUAUUGUGAAGUUAUUAAAAAGAACAGAG